AGUGUCUCUUCGCCUGGAAUAGAGAGAAGCCGAGGAGAAGACGCGAAAACGGUGGGAAGACAAAGCUGCUACAAUGGCCGCAAAAUCCGACGGGGUGCUAAAGAUGAAGAAGAGCGAUGUAGCAUUCACGCCUUUGCAGAAUUCGGAUCACUCAGGUUCGGUUCAAGGGCUCGCUCCGGGAUCGCAGCCGGAUUCUGGAACCGGAGAGGCGGACUUCGUCAACGGGGAGUCGCGGUGCUGUGGCUCAAAUUCGACAUGUCUCCGCCUCGGCAGGGAGCAGCAGAAAUACACGGUCUGGGACUGUCUGUGGAUCCUCGCCGCAGUGGCGGUUUAUUUCGCGGAUGUGGGCACUGAUGUUUGGCUUUCUGUCGACUAUUACCUCCGCCGCGACUACUGGUGGUUCGGGCUAACGCUGUUUUUCGUGGUGCUCGGCUCGUUCUCGGUGCAGGUCUUCAGUUUCCGAUGGUUCGUCCAUGAUUUCAGCACCGAGGAGAGCUCCGGUGGCGGCGGAGGAACGGCGAGCUGCUCUCAUAUGGACGGGAAGCUCCUCAGCAGCUCCGCUUCGCACGGAGACGUUGGAGCCCACCCGUCCACGCCUCAAAGACAGGCGUCCACGGCGAGCAAGAGCAACACCACGAGCAACAGCAGCAACAGCGCUACCGCAGCCCGGACUAGUAAGACACGCUCAGCGUCCUGUUCCCUCUGUAUCUGGCUCUUGCAGUCCGUCAUUCACAUCCUACAGCUCGGACAAAUCUGGAGGUACUUCCACACCAUCUACCUGGGCAUCAGGAGCAGGCAGAGUGGAGAGAAUGACCGCUGGAGGUUUUACUGGAGGAUGGUGUAUGAGUAUGCAGACGUCAGCAUGCUCCACCUGCUGGCCACGUUCCUGGAGAGCGCACCGCAGCUCGUGCUCCAGCUCUGCAUCAUUAUACAGACACACAAGCUCCAGGCUGUGCAAGGGAUGACAGCGGCUGCUUCUCUGGUGUCCCUGGCCUGGGCUCUAGCCUCCUACCAGAAGGCCUUGCGUGAUUCCCGUGAUGACAAGAAGCCUGUCAGCUACCUAGCCGUCAUCAUCCAGUUCUGCUGGCACUUCUUCACUAUCGCCGCUCGUGUGGUGACCUUUGCUCUCUUCGCCUCCGUGUUCCAGCUCUACUUCGGCAUUUUCAUUGUGCUGCACUGGUGCAUCAUGACCUUCUGGAUUGUACACUGCGAGACCGAAUUCUGCAUCACCAAGUGGGAGGAGAUCGUCUUUGACAUGGUGGUGGGCAUCAUCUACAUCUUCAGCUGGUUUAAUGUAAAGGAAGGACGCACCCGAUGCCGUCUCUUCAUCUACUACUUCAUGAUCCUGUUGGAAAACACAGCUUUGAGUGCCCUUUGGUACCUUUAUCGAUCGCCGCCCAGCACGGAUGCCUUCGCCGUGCCUGCCCUGUGCGUCAUCUUCUCCAGCUUCUUCACUGGCAUCGUCUUCAUGCUCAUGUAUUAUGCUUUCUUCCAUCCUAACGGGCCACGUUUUGGUCGCUCAGCCAGUUUGGUCCAGCUUGAGGACCCCACUGCUACCUUCACGCUACCCCCUGAAGGUGCCACCAACUCCCUGCGCUCUAACCGCGGAGGAACAUUAGCCAGGGACGCUGACCGCGAGGCCAAGUACAGUGAGCGGGACGGCUGCGUGCCCGUCUUUCAGGUGCGUCCCACCGCACCAUCCACUCCGUCGUCCCGUGCCCCACGCCUGGAGGAGACAGUCAUCAAAAUAGACUUGUGCAGGAACCGCUAUCCUGCCUGGGAGAGGCACGUGCUAGACAGGAGUAUACGUAAAGCCAUUUUGGCCAUUGACUCGUCUCCAACCCCGCCGCGUCUCCAAUAUAAAGACGACACGCUGGUUCAAGAGCGCCUGGAGUACGAGACCACAUUGUAGCCUGCGCUGUGGAAACACACGAACAUAAACAUAUAACUGUCCACUUGAAUAAACAGCAGGACUGUGGCAAUAACGUUCCUAGCGUACAUAGCAUCUAAGCCAUGAUGUUGAUUGUCAUGGACAAACGAAUAUAGGCACAACGUGUUUGUGGACAAAUGAAAUAAUCGAUCUUUUUUAUGCCGUUCUCUCGUUGCAUUUUAUUUUUUAUUACUUCUGUCUUAUCAGGGAAUAUCUGGGUUUCUACAAGUCAUUGCACUGGCUGAAAUAGACCAUUGUUAACCCCUCAGUCCUCCUCAGUGUUGUACAGACCUCCAUUCCCAGAGUCAAUCGACCUUGGGCUGAUGUCUCCAAACUGCGAGUGGACAUCCGGAAAACUUCAUAGUUUAUCUCUUGCUGUUACUGCAAAACAAAGGCCUUUACCUUUGAAAUCAAGCAUCCAAUGCACACAAAUGACAUUCAAACCAACCGACUACCCGAUGCACUGGACAAACAGUGGUCCAAAUAACACAUUGAUGGUACAAGCAUUCGAAAACAUUGCUGAUUAGACUCGAGAUGUCCUUGUUUAGGGUGCUGUAACCUAUUAGUAGUGUUUCAUCAGCAAUUCUGUACCAGUGCCAAAUGCUCCUCUCAAAACUGAUUCCAUGGUGAACUGUGGCUUGACCACAAACUGUAUAUAUAUAAACAGGGCAGCAUUUCAACCAUCUACUUGAAUACUGUACAAAGAACAAAAAAAAGACAAGAAACGAAAGUAUGUCAAUCAUCACAAGAGUCCAGACCACUUGGGAUGACAAAACGGGGAGAUCACACGCUGGUUUUCUUCUUCGGGAGAACACAAUAGGCCAAGAAAACACUUCCUGGCAGCUCCCUUUGACGAUCCGGCCUCAUUCACCUCACCUCUGUGGGUUGACAAGGAUCUGUUUGGUUCACGGCAAAGUGGACCACCACAAUUCACAGUGUUCGCCAAACUGUGCUUGACAGAACCUGGAUGCGCUUCAUCUUUUAGGUUAAAGAUACAGUGUUCCUCUAGGCUGGGUCAGGUUCUGGUGUGGUCUGUAUUGUUUAUGCGCACAUUUAAACGAUAAAACAAUAACCUUGCGUUGCAACAUGGCCGGAAAGCAGCCGAAACGUACUGUUCCAAACUCUGCAGUGCAAGCAAGACUCAAUUGCCAACUCGCGGUGUGCAAAUCCAAGUGUCAAGGAGACGUAGUUUGCGAAUGACACUCUGAAUGACACCGCAGGCCCUAUCAUUCAACAAAUUGCAUCUGCCUAAAAGAACACUGUAUCUUUAAGUCUGCCAAAAGCAUCCUUUAUAUAUGAAAGUGUUGGAGUUUUAAACUUUCCGUUCAGUUGCAAGUGCUUCUUUGUGUCUUUAUGUCGAAUAUCCAAAGGCAUUUAUGGGGACACGGAGGCAAAGGCAGAGAAAUGAAAAAAAGAUAGAAAACAAGCACAACACUGGUCAAGGGAAGAAGUCUCAGCACAAUGAUGGAUUACUUCGGUUGUUGAGAAAAGGCGACAGAAUCUAGAUGUGCCUGUUGUGGAUGCUUUGCGAUUUUUGAAAGUGUGGGAUAAAAUGUUGUUCUUCGUGUUCAUCAUUUUUUAUACUCCAUUUUCUUUUGGUUUUCGGUGGAUUUAAAAUGUGUCUUACGAAGUAGUUUCUUUCAAGGUGCGGAUUCAUUUGCAUAAUGCCAUUUGUAACGUCCUCCCAUCAGUGGCGAAUGAACUGAAAGCGUAGUUGUUUUAGACCGCGGUGAUCUGCAAUGCUUGCAGACGAACUGCUUAAUUGUGUUGCAAAUAAACAAAAAAAGAGAAUUAAAAAAAAAAAGAAGAGAAAAAGAUUAAGAUGAGAUUGUAUGAAUCUAUAACAAGUACCACAGUGAAACGUAGACCUGUAUAUUUUAGCUAUUUUGCUACUUUCCUAUCGUCAGCAUUUUUUCCCCAACGUGUCUUAAGCUUUCAUUUCUCUGUUUGAUGGAUGAUGAUGAUACUUUGUCUCUUGGCAAAAUUUCCAAACAGCCCCUCUAAAAGAGUCCCCUGUAGUCAGAGCACAAAAACACUUGUGUUAGCACACUAAUUAGAUCAUUUUCAGGUCUAAAUUGCUGCACCAACUGCACAAGACCAUUUUUGAAGAAAGAUGAGUGAUAUAUUGCGCACUUCUGUAAUGUUGCGCAUACAUGAUUUUCCCAAGCAUCAUACAUAUUUUUUAGCUUUCCAUUAUA